CGAAUGAGAAAACGCUCACCAAGAGCUCCGGAUCUUCUGUAACCACUGUGGCUCAAGGCGUUUUGCUCGAGCACGCUCGCCGUCCCCCUCCGCAGAGCGGCCCCGCUCGGCCACCAGACCCGAAGAGCAGCCAUGGGCGCGUGCUGCACGUCCACGGCGGCGUUCGACCGCCGCGAGCAGCGGGAGCGUGCGGCGCGGCAGUCCGGCGCCAAGCCGAACACCGCCGUGCAGCCCAGAGGCGACUGGACACCGCCACCAGUCGUCGAGGAGAUUGACGAGAUGGCCCAGCUGAAGCUGCUGCUGGAGCAGAUGCCCUGCAUGAAGGCGCAGGAGGUGCUGGUCGCGAUGUCGACCUUCGUCAUCAUCGACGUGCGUCUGGCUGGCUUCCGGCGCCUGGAGGAGCUGCAGCAGGAGGGCGCCAGGGACGAGCUGCUGCCAAUCGGCUGCGUGGAGGCCGUGAUCAAGGCGAUGGAGGUGCACUACGGCUCGGGCUCUGCCCCGCUGCAGGAGAGUGGCGUGCGGCUCCUGCGCGCCGCGGCGGCCACGCCGGCCGGGCAGCUGAAGGUCACGUCCUCCGGCGGCUGCAAGGCUGUGAUCCAGGCGAUGGAAAUGACCGGCAGCCUGCAGAUCAACAGCAUGCAGAUCGCGGCGUGCGAGGCCCUGUUCAACCUUGCCUCGAACAGCACCUCGAACAAGACGAAGAUCGCGGCGCUCGGUGGAGUGACCGCCCUCCUGAAGGCGAUGUCGGCCUUGAUGGACGAUGCGCGCGUGCAGGAGGCGGCCUGCGCGUGCCUUCGCAUGCUGACGCCCAACCAAUCGAAUCAGACCAGGAUCGCGAACGCCGGGGGCGCCGAGCGGAUCCUGGAGGCCAUGAAGAAGCACCCGGGUGACGCAGAGUUUCUGAACCAGGCAUGCUGGGCACUUUGCCAUCUGGCGUACGGACAUCCAGAGAACCAGAAGAAGAUGUCCUCGCUAGGCGUUUGCCAGGCGCUGCUGGCGAGCAUGAGGGGGCACGCAUCGUCGUCUGGCGUGCAGGUCCACGCGAUGUGGGGCCUCAAAAACAUGUGCGCCUCGAUCCAGGAGAAUCAGGUGACGCUUGCUGAAGGGGAGUGCAUCGAUCUCAUCCGCAUCGCGUUGGAUCGGUACGCAGACGAGUCCUCCGUUGUGGAGCAAGGGUUGUGGUUACUGCGCAACCUCGUCGACAAAAAUGCCGAGAACACGGCCAAGUUCCAUGCCCUGGUGGGGGAGAAGACCGUGAAAGAGCUGAUGCAGAAGCACUCUGCCGCGUCCAAUGUGCAGAACGCCGGAAACGCCCUCCAGGCCGUCCUCCACGACAAGGGCAUCGUGAACCGCUCCUCCCUGAUUGCCAUGGGCAGCAGGUGAGGCUCCAGGGCCCGCUCUUCCACCCCCUUCGCAGCACUGCUGUGCCACGCCAGGCCCGGAGGAGGAGG